CUAAACUGAUGUAGCGUGAUGUUCGGCAGGCUGACCAUUAUUAUUACGGCGCUUUGCCUGUGGACUACUGUCGAAAAUCAAUUCAGUGACAACACGCCACCUGUAAUGUACAUUGAUCGAAACCUUCUGAUUUGGGAUACUGAGCCGUUGAGAAGUGUGGUAACUAGAGCCCGCGCCGAGGAUAACGAACAGGACCGGUUAACCUACGGUCUGGAACUCAUUGGGCACAACUUCAAUGGUGACGACAAACAGCAGUCACCGCUUCCUUUUUUCAUUGACAAUAGUACCGGCAUUAUUUACGUUAAUGACACACUCAAGGACCGGGGAGGGCAGAGCCUGUUCCUUUACGUAACCGUUUCCGACGGUCAACUCACAACAAAGACCGAGGUCUACGUCACUAUAAAAAAUACUUCGGAUCCCAAUGGUGGACAAACUAGGAACCCGUUUCCUGGCCAACAUGUAUCUGCCGACAGAAUACGACCGUCUCUGUUGGCCUUACCUAAUCUGCAGAGGUAUCCCAGGCCGGGAUUACCUUAUAAACCAAUGGUACCUUCGUCGCCGGUCAGUAUACCGAAAACAACCAAGUUACAGCCAGAAGAGGUGAAACCGAGCGAGGAUAACACUAGUACUAUCAAACUAUCUGAAGCAUCAAAGGAGCAGAAUGAGAUUGAGGGACCGCCUUUCAGCUCGAAAAUUACACCUACCGAGGCACCGCCUUCUCAAGAUAUCGCCAUGAUUUUGGUGCCCGUCAUUGCAGUCUGUGUACUUGUGGUGGUUCUUGGGAUGGGCGCCUGGUCUCUGCGAAAUAAAUUCUGUGGACAUAGGAGGUCCAAAAAGGACAUGAAAGAACACGCUUCGGUCAAAGUCUCGAACAUAUCGGACGACCCAUCCCUUGUUCUGAAAAGAUGGCGUGGUCCAAAAGCUAACACCAACCGAUAUGAAACUUGGGAAAAGGACAGUCACAUUGGCAUAAAGAACAAACCAGAAAAUAAGUGGGAAUUUCCUCGACAUCGACUGAAGGUCUUCAAUAUUCUUGGAGAAGGCUGCUUCGGUCAAGUUUGGAAAUGCGAAGCCUUGGACAUCGACGAGAAGUCUGGAACGAAGAUAGUCGCUGUGAAAACUCUUAAAGAAAAUGCCACAGAAAGAGACCGUUUGGAUCUAGCACAGGAGCUAAGAGUCAUGAAAAAUAUGGAACCUCAUCCUAACGUCGUCAGAUUACUAGGUUGCUGUACAGAACGCGAACCCAUGUUCGUUAUCUUAGAAUAUAUCAGCGGAGGAAAAUUGCAAAGCUUUUUGAGGAUAUCCAGAGAAGAACGGAAUCAUGGAGGGCCUGGACUGACAUCCAGAGAUCUAACUGGAUUUGUUUAUCAGAUUGCCAAAGGUAUGGAGUAUCUGGCGUCUAAAGGAAUUAUACACAGAGAUUUAGCUGCCAGGAAUAUACUGAUCGAUGAAAAUCGUGUGUGCAAGGUAGCGGACUUUGGAUUUGCUCGAGACAUAGCUGCCAAUCAAAUAUACGAAAGAAAGUCCGAAGGCCGGUUGCCUAUUCGAUGGAUGGCGCCGGAAAGUCUGUACGACAAUAUAUUUUCCGUUAAAUCGGAUAUAUGGAGUUUUGGCAUACUGAUAUGGGAAAUUGUAACUUUGGGAUCCACACCUUAUCCUGGCCUGGCAGCCGCUGAGGUAAUGAGAAGAAUCAAAGAAGGUUAUAGGUUGGACAGACCAGAACACUGUAAGAGAGAACUGUACAACAUAAUGUACUACUGUUGGGACAAAGAUCCAGCAUGCAGGCCAUCUUUCGGGGAACUCGUUGGCUUGGCAGAAGGUCUUCUACUCGAUGAAAUUGAUUACAUUGAAUUGGACAGGUUCCCUGAUCACUCAUACUACAAUGUACUUAAUCUCAGCGGUGAAAAAUUGUGA